UGUUUUUUUUUUCUAUUCUUUUUUUUUUUUUUUUUUUUUUCGGAGCUGGGGACCGAACCCAGGGCCUUGAGCUUGCUAGGCAAGCGCUCUACCACUGAGCCAAAUCCCCAACCCCUACUUUUGUGUUUUGAGUAUUCCAUUACCCUUUAUUUGAGUCUCCUCCCUUGACUCCUCCUUCCUGUCUUGGUCCCCUUUUUCCAUUUGAGACCCUUCUCCCUCCUAGAUUCUACUUAUGAGAGAAAACAGGUAUAUGUCUUUCUGAAUCUUGUUUAAUUCAUCUAACAUAAUGAUCUCCAGGUCUGUUUUCCUGAAAAUAUUAUUUCAUUUUUGUUUACAGCUGUCAACAUUCUAUUGUGUAUAAACGCAUUUUUAAAGAGUCUCCCUGACCUUAGCAGACAGCUGGCCUAGUUCCGUGUUUUAGCCUUGUAAGCAGUGCAGAAACGCACAUGAAGGGUGUGUAUUUCCUGGGGGUGUUGGCUUAGAGGCCUUCAGCUUUACGCCUACAAGCGAUAUAACCAUGUUGUACAAUAGUGCUAAUUUUAGACUUUUGGAAACCUAAAUAUUGACUUCUAUAGUUGCUGCAUCAAAUUCAUGUCUACCAACAGUGGAUAAGGGUUUCUCUUUUCUCCACAGUUUUGCUAGUAUUUACUGUCAUUGGUUUUCUUGUUGUUAGCAAUUUUGAUUGGGAUUAGAUGGACUCUCAAAGUAGGUGUGUGUGUGCAUGUAUGUAUUAUGCAUGUUUAUUUCGUAUGUAUUAUGCUUGUGUGGGUAUGUGCACAUGUAUGUAGGUACAUGUGGAAGCCAGGGGUUUAUAUAUAAGGACGUGGAAGCAGGAAGCAGGAAGCUUUUGCUCUUUGCCUCCUUACUCUGACUUUGCUAGCAAUUCCAUUUCUUUGGAAUUCUAGCAUAUACAAAAGACCAGCUGAGACAUCCAGCCUCACAGACUGAGCAACUGCUGGGUUCUUAGACUUUCUAUUCAUAGUCAGCCAGUGUUGGAUUAACUGGACUGCUGCUUGUAAGUCAUAUGCCUUUGCAAGCACACACACACACAAAAAGAAUUUUUGGCAUAAUUUCUUACAUAAUAUUUUAAGGGGUGGGACUGAUGGUACUGCUUCCUUAGGGGAGAUAAACCCUUGAAAAUCUAAGUACCAGAAAAUGGUACCAGGAGUGGCUCUAGAAAAGAGGAGUGUAAUGAUGUAAGUACCUGGAAUAGGCUUUUCAAUUUGCUAACACUCUCAGGACCACAGCCUCUCCUGUCACUCAGCCCUCUCUCUCCUCGGAGCUCAGAGAGAACUGAUAGCCCACAGUGUGAGCCGUUAUACAAACUGAAGGAGAUAAACACAUCUGAUUAUCUUGAUUUGCCAGUUGUAGUGGCAAUGGGUUUACUGCCUUUGUACGUGAAACUGAUGACAAUUUUGUGGAAAAUAAGGACAUGCUGUUGCUGGUCGGCCACUCUUGGCUUUUCUGGAUUAACGCACUGGCAAAACUGUCUCCAUGUGCAUAUAAGACAGUCUAAUGGUUUCUAAGUGUGCACUGGAAGAAGAUUUUCCACAGAGCAGCCACGGAGCCUCAGCUGCAGAAAAUUACUGAAGUCCUCAUUGUAAAGAGCGGCUGAAACACAGCAGAAAUUCACGUCCUAGCCUCAGAGUAUGUUUGUGGUUAAAGUAAGGGCAUUAAUCAGUAAAGAAUGGGAUCCUGUAACUUGGCAUGGUGUGUGUGAGAGGACACCACUGAAGUCAGACAUUUGAAUCCUCAGACUCUCAAGGGUUUAUCUCACCUGAGGAAGCAGUACCCCCAGUCUUACCCCUUGAAACAUUAUAUAAGAAAUUACACCAAGAUGCCUGUUGGUAGUGGCACAUCCCUUUAAUCCCAGAGGCAGACAAAUCUCUGAGUUCAAGGCCUGUCUACAAAGUGAGUUCCAGAAUAGUCAGGGCUGUACAGAGAAACCUUGCCUCAAAAACAAAACAAACAAAAAACUAUGCCAAAAUAUAAGCUAAAAAUGAAUUUUACUAUCUCAAAGUUUCUAAUGUAGUUCUUGAAUUCAGGGGCACUCUCCCUGGCUAGGAUAAAGAGGAAGUUCAGGUUCAGGAUCUUUUCUGAAGUGGCCAAGCACAGCUAGAGGUUCAGCAUCUGAAGAACAAAAUCUCAAGCACAGAGGCUGUUUCUUACUGUGGGGCCUUUCCCACUGUGUAGCCUGAGUAUCACAAUUGGCAGCUGGCUUCCUUCAGAGCAAAGUCCUACCAUGUGAACAGUACCUCUACCUUACUUGAAGAAGUCACACACUGUCAUUUCUGCCACAGUGUAUUUUUUAGAAGUGAGUCAUUAAAUACAUCUAAUACUCAAAGAAUCAGGCUCCAUCUUCUGAAUGGGCUGCUAUUAACAAAUUUGUGGGGAUAUUUUAAAAAUUACUGCAAAUGACAAGUUCUAUAGGAAAAUAUUUUAUUUUAAAAAUUCAAUGUGCAUCUUAGGGUUACUACUGUUAUGAUAAAACACAAUGAACAAAAAGAACUUGGGGGAGGGAAGCGUUUAUUUGGUUUAUGCUUCCAUAUUGCUGUUCAUCACUGAAGUCAGGAACUCAAUCAGGGCAGGAACUGAGAGUCAGGAACUUAUGCAGAGCCCAUGGAAGGGUGCUGCUUACUGGCUUGCUCCUGAUAGCUUACUCAGCCUGCUCUCUUAUAAAACCCAGGACCACUAACUAGCCCAGCGACGGCUCCACCCACCAUGGGCUUGGCCCUCAUAAAGUAAUCACUGUACUGGAUAGUUUUAUGUUAACCUGACACAAACCUAAGUCAUUUGAGAGGAGGGAGCAUCAACUAAGAAAGUGCUUCUUGUAAGAUCAGGCUGUGGACAACCUUGUAGGGCAACUCUUAGUUAGUGCUUAAUGGUUCCUUCCCUGUUUGAAUUCCUGAUUUCCUUCUAUGAUGAACAGUGAUAUGGAAGUGUAAGCCAAAUGAGACAUUUCCUCAAGUUGCUUUGGACAUGGUAUUUCAUCACAGCAAUAGAUAACGGGAAUUGCUGUGAUAGAUCUGACCAUGUUUUGGAGAGGAUUGUGGAAGGACUUUGGAAGGUUGGGCUAGAAGAGCUACUGAAUGUUGAGAAUUUUCCUGCUGGCCCUUUGAAGAUAAGAAUAUUGAGGGCAGUGCAGACUGUUUCCAAAAUUUCACUGAACUACCUGAGGACCCAGCUACACCUCUCCUGGGCAUAUACCCAAAAGAUGCCCCAACAUAUAACAAAGACACAUGCUCCACUAUGUUCAUAGCAGUCUUAUUUAUAAUAGCCAGAAGCUGGAAAGAACCCAGAUGCCCUUCAAUAGAGGAAUGGAUACAGAAAAUGUGGUACAUCUACACAAUGGAAUAUUACUCAGCUAUCAAAAACAAUGACUUUAUGAAAUUCAUAGGCAAAUGGAUGGAACUGGAAAAUACCAUCCUGAGUGAGGUAACCCAAUCACAGAAAAAUACACAUGGUAUGCACUCAUUGAUAAGUGGAUAUUAGCCCAAAUUCUCGAAUUACCCUAGAUGCACAGAACACAUGAAACUCAAGAAGGAUGACCAAAAUGCGAAUGCUUCACUCCUUCUUUAAAGGGAGAACAAGAAUACCCUUGGGAGGGAAUAGGGAGACAAAGUUUAGAACAGAGGCUGAAGGAACACCCAUUCAGAGCCUGCCCCACAUGUGGCCCAUACAUAUACAGCCACCAAACUAGAUAAGAUGGGUGAAGCAAAGAAGUGCAGGCUGACAGGAGCCAGAUGUAGAACUCUCCUGAGAGACACAGCCAGAAUAUGGCAAAUACAAAGGCAAAUGCCAGCAGCAAACCACUGAACUGAGAACGGGACCCCCAUUGAAGGAUUCAGAGAAAGGACUAAAAGAACUUGAAGAGGCUUAAGACCCUAUAUGAACAACAAUGCCAAGCAACCAGAGCUUCCAGGGACUAAGCCAGUACCCAAAGACUGACCCUGGGCUCCAAGUGCAUAGGUAGCAAUGAAUAGCCUAGUAAGGGCACCAGUGGAAGGGGAAGCCCUUGGUCCUGCCAAGACUGAACCCCCAGAGAAUGUGAUUGUUGGGGGGAGGGCGGUAAUGGGGGGAGGACUGGGAGGGGGACACUGAUAUAGAAGGGGAGGGGGAGAGGUUAGGGGGAUGUUGGCCUGGAAACUGGGAAAGGGAAUAACAAUUGAAAUGUAAAGAAGAAAUACCCAAGUUAAUAAAGAUGGAGGAAAAAAAAUUUAUUGUGAAUGACUCAGAUAACCAAGUGCUUAUAAACCUUACGCAGCUAGUGGAACAUAAUUCAAACUAUUUUAUUACAUUUAUGUGUAUAUGUGCGCAUAUAUAUACAUAAGUGUAUAUAUAUAUAUAUAUAUAUAUAUAUAUAUAUAUAUGUCAGAAGCCAGAGAAGAGUUGUAGCAGUCAAUCCUCUCUUCUAACCACACGACCUCCAAGAUUCCACUAAGAUGGUCAGGCUUGGCAGCAAGUAUCUUUAGUGGCUGAGCUAUCUUACUGGCCCUGAAGUAUACUGUAGAGGCUGAGAAACACUGUUCUAGCAUCAAGUAUUAAGAUAAAACAUUGCAGAUAUGAUUAUAGUACUCUGAAUUCCAUUCCUGUUUUAUUCUAUUUCCUCUUCUUUGGAGUUAAUCCACCUAACUCAUGAAACACAGAUGCAAGCUUGCAAUGGAGAACUUUCUUAAUUUGCUAACGUACGUCUACAAAAAUUCUACAGCUAACAGUAUAUUUAGUGGCGAGAAAGUUUCUGCUAAGCAUCCAGUUCAGAUCUAGAUUGAGAAUUACUAUCUACCCAAUUUGCCUCAUAGUCUUUUAGAAAAGACUUCAAAAAUAUUUUGUGCUUAUGUGAAUGCAUUAGAAAAGAUGUAAGACUAAAGACCUUUGGGAAAGUCUACUCACUUGACAAACAAUACUAAUAUAAAGGCAUUGAACUUAUUUUAACUGAUUAUAUAACGACACUCAAUUGAACAUGGUUUGAAAAUGACUGAUUUUUAAUACAACAAACAAACUGUGUCCAGGUAAUGCUCUUAGGCUAGGGACUGGCACCUUUUUCUGCCUAUAAGAGAAAUCACAUUUAGCAUUCUACAUAUUGUUUUUUGCUAAAACAUUUAUUGCUUAUUUUAGGAAUCUCGGUAACAUCCUGACAGUGUUUUAUUAGGUUGUCACACAUCUUUAUAUAUUUGUGGGAUUUUUUUUUUAAUAUUAAAACUUCUCAGCCAUGGCUUCAACCUACUUGCUGUUCAAGUGUUUCUGGUAACAAGAAAAAUGUUUAUUUUGCUAAUUAGGCUUUCAUAACACAUUACAUGGUUAUUUAUUAAGGCUUUGGAGGAACCAGCUGCUGUGAAUUAACAAUUGCUUGAUGCCUUUUCUGCAUGUGAAAUCUAAUACAUUACUUUCACAGUUAAAAUGAACUUUGGCAUUCUCACACAUACCAUUUCCUAUAGCAAUCACCAAUUCUCUCAGGAGAUAGUAAUUUUUUUUAAGUUCAAAAGUUUAAUGUAUGAGUGGACACUGACUGAAUAACCUAUAAAGGAGGACUAUUUUCAAAACACUGUGUUUUCCUCGAAAGUUACCGAAAGUUAAGAGAAGCUGGCUUAAAAAAAAAAAAAAAAAAAAAAAAAAGCAGCAUAUCCUGUGCUGUUUCCAUCCACUUCUAAGUAGGUGUUUGAGUUUUUGCUGUUAGUCCACAAGUACCACUAAGUAUUUAUACAUUUAUUUUAUCGUAGCAUAUUCCACAUUGGCCUUAACACGGAAUUUAUUCCUUACCACUUAGUCUCUUUUGGCUCAGGGCUUAUUUUUACAUUCCCUCAGCUUUUUCGGCAGCUCCAUAUUAGAUGGUAGGUCAGUCCUCUCUAUUCCAUGCACCUGUGCACGCUAACUAGAGAUUAUCUCACCUCUGUUUUGAGAACAAGAUUAUGUACAGUCUGGUUUAAGCGCAUUCUUUCAAGUUGUACACCUUUGAUCUCAACUGCAUUCCCAGGUCCACCUUCCCGUCCUGGCAAAUACACUUCAGCUGUAAACUUAAAUCUUCCGCCUUACUUAGCUCCUCCCACCUGUCUUUUACCUCCACCCCACUGAAGCCCUGUUCCUCUUCCCAGUUCCUCCAGUAGCCACGGGAAACAACCGCUUCUCAAUUUUCUGGGCUUGAAGAACGAAGGCUACUUCUACCACCUCCACGCGCCCUGCGUUCCGGCCGCCUCCUGGUUUCGGCUACUACAGCCUCUCGGGCCGCACUGGAGCACGUCCGGACCAUCGCCUCUCCCGCAGCGCCACUUCCGGAUUCCCGGUGCCUCCACUUUACCGGUCCGCCCCCCGCACCGAGCGCUUCGUAGAGGUCGUUUCUAACCCAGAGCUGCGGCAUCGGGGGUCCCGGCCCUCCCAAGUGGGAGUCGUCCCACGUAGACGCGCUGGGUCGUCGUCCUCGCCGCGGAAACCUGAGGGACUGCAAAGCGGGCACACCGGAAGUGUCGCGGAACGCGGCCGGCGCGUCCGCGGCGGACUCCAGGUACCCGGAGGAGGAGCGCACGCCGCCACUCUGUGGCGUGUUUACCUUGGAGCGGGUGCGGCGGCGGCAGCAGCGGGCCUGACGCCAGCUCGGGUUCUAUGGCCGGAGAUCCGCCUGCGUUCCGGGAGUCGACCGCCUCAGGCUGGGCUGCGCAAGGGCCAGAGUGAAGGGGGCCGCGCUCUCCUCCCACGUCCGGGGACCGGCCACCUCCAGCCUCUUUGCCUACUCUUGGUCAGGAUCUGACUUUGACGCCUGAUUUUUGAAGAUGCUGGAGUCGUAUGUAACUCCAAUCUUAAUGAGUUAUGUGAAUCGCUAUAUCAAGAACUUAAAGCCUUCGGAUCUUCAGCUUUCACUAUGGGGUGGGGACGUGGUUCUCAGCAAACUCGAGUUAAAGUUAGAUGUUCUAGAACAGGAACUGAAAUUACCAUUCACUUUUUUAAGUGGUCAUAUCCACGAACUGAGAAUUCAUGUACCAUGGACAAAAUUGGGCUCCGAACCUGUGGUAAUUACCAUCAAUACAAUGGAAUGCAUCUUGAAACUUAAAGAUGGAAUACAGGAUGACCAUGAAAGCUGUGGUUCUAAUUCCACCAACCGUAGUACUGCUGAGAACACAAAAUCAUCCACGAAACUCCGAAGGAUUCAGCAGGCCGCUCCUACAGACCCUGACUUACCACCAGGAUAUGUGCAGAGUCUGAUUAGACGAGUUGUAAAUAAUGUGAACAUUGUUAUAAAUAAUCUCAUACUAAAAUAUGUUGAGGAUGACAUUGUUCUUUCUGUCAACAUCACUUCUGCUGAAUGCUAUACCGUGGGUGAAUUAUGGGAUCGUGCAUUCAUGGAUAUUUCUGCAACUGAUCUGGUACUGAGGAAGGCUAUCAAUUUUUCUGACUGUACAGUUUGUCUUGAUAAACGAAAUGCUAGUGGUAAAAUCGAAUUUUACCAGGAUCCUUUAUUAUACAAAUGUUCUUUCAGAACUCGCCUGCAUUUUACAUAUGAUAACCUAAAUUCCAAGAUGCCAUCUGUUAUUAAAAUUCAUACCUUGGUAGAGAGUCUGAAGCUCUCUAUCACAGAUCAGCAGCUCCCUAUGUUCAUCCGUAUAAUGCAGCUUGGGAUUGCACUAUAUUAUGGAGAAAUAGGCAAUUUUAAAGAUGGUGAAACAGAAGACCCUGCCUGUCUCAGUAAAGACCCAUUAGGAAACCUUACAGGCACUGAGGAUGAAACUAGAUUAGAUAUGCAGUAUCCUGCUCCGUACAAAGGCCAAGAGUUAUAUCCACAGGACUAUGAGGAGCCUCAGGGAUGGGUGUCCUGGGCCUGGUCAUUCGUUCCUGCAAUUGUGAGUUACGAUGAUGGUGAAGAAGACUACCCUGGAACUGACCCUGCGUCAACCAUGCAUCAGCAGAAAGCACACACACUGAAGGAUCCCAUUGUUUCUGUAGGAUUUUAUUGCACAAAGGCGACUGUUACUUUUAAACUCACUGAAAUGCAAGCUGAAAAUAGCUAUUAUAGCCCACAGAAAGUAAAAUCUAAGGAAGUUUUGUGUUGGGAACAAGAAGGAACUACAAUUGAGGCUCUUAUGAUGGGAGAAGCUUUCUUUGAUUGUCAGAUUGGAUUUGUAGGUUGCAGAGCCAUGUGUCUUAAGGGAAUUAUGGGUGUUAAAGAUUUUGAGGAGCAUAUGGACAGAAGUGAAACCGAAGCCUGCUUCUUCAUUUGUGGUGAAAAUUUAAGUACAAAAGGUUUGACAUAUCUUACAAAUUCACUGUUUGAUUACCGGAGCCCAGAGAACAAUGGCACCCGUGCGGAGUUUACCUUGGAUGCAGCUCACCAUAAGGAGAUACACACUGAAAUAGCUGGCAUGCAAAGGUUUGGUGCUUUUUACAUGGAUUACCUGUAUACAAUGGAGCACAGCAGUGGCAAAGGUCCAUCAAGUCAGCAAGACUUUCCUUCAGGGAAAAAUGAGGAUUUUGGAAUAGUCCAAGAAAAGUCUACCAAGAGCCUUGUUAUAGGGCCUCUAGAUUGCCGCCUGGACAGCAGUGCGGUACAUCGGGUUUUGAAGAUGAUUGUUUGUGCCAUGGAACAUGAAUAUGAACCAUAUAGCAGGCUCAAACCAGAGAGUAAGGAUGAAAAGGAGGUAGUCCUGAAUCCUGAGGAAGUGGCUUCUUUGGAGGAAUAUAUUCCUACUCGGCAUACAAGUGUUACUCUGCUCAAAUGUACUUGCACAAUUUUUAUGGCAGAAUUCAAUUUACUUGACCGUUUGCUUCCUGUCAUCAUGGGAGGAAAGAACGCAAGUCACUUCACGAAUGCCACAAACUUCCAGUCACUUCGGCCUUUGCCAUCCAUUCAGAUAUUGGUGGAUAAAAUCAAUUUGGAACAUUCUGUCCCAAUGUAUGCUGAACAGUUGGUCCAUGUGGUCAGCAGCCUUACUCAGCCUUCUGAUAACCUUCUUCAUUAUUGCUAUGUCCACUGCUACCUUAAGGUGUUUGGUUUCCAGGCAGGACUGACGUGUUUGGAGCAGAGUGGGUCUCACUGCCUGCCUGCACCCAUUGUUCCCUCUUUCAGUACUGCCCUCUAUGGGAAGCGUCUGAAGCUCCCUGCUCUCUGGACCAAAAGAUCUCAGACUGUUGUAACUGAGGGUAUUUUUGAGCUCCCAAAUCUCACAAUUCAAGCUACAAGAGCACAGACACUUUUGCUGCAAGCAGUGUAUCAGAGUUGGUUUCAUAGUGGGAAUGCCAGCUCUUCAACAGUAAAUGAGGCUCUGAUGAAUGAAGUCUUCCAGACGACAGGUGUGAAAUCUAAGAAUCCCCUGCCAACUCUUGAGGGCUCAAUCCAGAAUGUUGAACUGAAGUACUGCAGCACAUCAUUGGUCAAAUGUGCCUCUGGGACCUUGGGAUCAAUAAAAAUUUGUGCCAAAGCCCCAGGUGACAGUGGAAAAGAGAAGUUGAUUCCCUUGCUUCAGGGUCCUUCUGACACUAGAGACCUUCACAGCACCAAGUGGCUUAAUGAAAGUAGAAAGCCUGAGUCUCUCUUAGCUCCAGAUUUGAUAGCCUUUACCAUCCAAGUUCCCCAGUACAUGGACUACUGCCACCACUCUGGUGCUGUAUUUCUUUGUAGUGUGCAAGGACUGGCUGUUAACCUUGACCCAAUAUUGUAUACUUGGGUCAUUUAUCAACCACAUAAACGCACAAGUAGACAUAUCCAGCAGCAGCCUGUGGUAGCUGUACCUCUUGUCACGUCAGUCAACAGAAGAAGAGAAGAUGAACUGUCUGUUGGAAGUGCCCCAUUGGGAAAGCAGCAGUCAUAUCAGGCCUCAGAAUAUGCCAGCAGCCCCAUAAAAACAAAAACAGUGACAGAGUCCAGACCACUGUCAGUUCCGGUGAAGGCCGUGAUGCACAUUCAUGAAGAAUGUAGAAGUCCUGAAGACAAAAUGAAAGAAUUUAUUGCAAUAUUAUGGAACGCAGUGAAGAGUCUUACACUACAGCUUGAUGUGCAGUCUUGCUGUGUAUUCAUUCCAAAUGACAGCCUGCCUUCACCAAGUACAAUCGUCUCUGGUGACAUCCCCGGGACAGUAAGAAGUUGGUACCAUGGACAAACCAGCAUUCCAGGAACACUUGUCCUGUGUUUGCCGCAAAUUAAAAUUGUUAGUGCUGGUCACAAGUCCAUGGAGCCUCUGCAAGAGAUUCCUUUUGUGAUUCCACGGCCCAUCCUUGAAGAGGGUGAUGCAUUUCCUUGGACCAUAAGCUUGCAUCAUUUUAGCAUAUAUACCCUUCUUGGCAAGCAAGUGACACUGUCCCUGGUGGAGCCUAUGGGAUGUACGUCUACUCUAGCAGUCACAUCUCAGCAGCUACUUCCAGUGGGACCUGAAGGGAGGCAUUCAUUUGUUGUCUGUUUACAUGUUGACUUAGAGUCAUUAGAGAUAAAAUGCUCUAAUCCCCAGGUCCAGCUCAUUUAUGAAUUGGCCGAUAUCAUGAGUAAAGUCUGGAAUAAAAUUCAGAAGAGAGGCCAUCUUAGUCCGUCUUCAGUGUACUCAGACACGAUGGCAGGGCCUGUCCCUGGUUCUCCAGUUCGGAGCAGUGUAGGUACAGCUCCACCAGACACCAGCACGUGCAGCCCAUCUGCUGACAUAGGAACUACCACUGAGGGAGAUUCGAUUCAAGCUGCUGAUGACUCGCCAUUCUCAGACUCUGUCACCUUGGAACAGACUACCAGUCACAUCGGUGGGUCCAGUGGACGCGUUAGUCUGUGGAUGCAGUGGGUGCUCCCCAAAGUCACUGUGAAACUCUUUGCACCAGACCUUGAAAAGAAAGACACAGAGGUUUGUAUGGUCAGUGAAUUAGAAGACCUCAGUGCAUCCAUAGAUGUGCAGGAUGUAUACACCAAAGUGAAGUGUAAGAUAGAGAGCUUCAGUAUUGACCACUAUCAAAGCAGGCCUGGGGAAGGUUGGCAAUCAGGACAAUUUGAAGGAGUGUUUCUGCAGUGCAAAGAAAAACCUGUGACAACCACAAAACUUCUAGACGGUGCUCAUCAGCAGCAUGGAUUCCUUUCUCUGACGUACACAAAAGCUGUAACAAAAAAUGUCCGCCACAAGUUAACCUCAAGGAGUGAGCGAAGAAGUUUUCAUAAGUUAUCUGAAGGUUUAAUGGAUGGCUCACCUCAUUUUCUUCAUGAAAUUCUCCUUUCUGCGCAAGCAUUUGAUAUUGUUCUGUGCUUUCCUUUACUUAAUGCAAUUGCAAGCAUAUUUUACACUAAACUCCCAAAGACCCAAAGAGAAAAAAGAAAAUCUUCCGGGCAGCCCAUGAGGACCCAUACGUUAACUUCACGCAAUUUACCUUUGAUUUAUAUCAAUACAAGUGUGAUCAGAAUUUUUGUUCCCCAAACAGAAGAAACACAGUCAUCUGUUACAGUGAAUCAGGCAGCAAAGGAAGACACGAUGGUUCUGAAAGUUGGCUCUGUUUCCAUGGCUCCCCAGGCUGAUAAUCCACUUGGCAGAUCUGUACUCAGGAAAGAUAUUUACCAGAGAGCCUUAAACUUAGGAAUUCUUCGAGAUCCUGGAUCAGAAAUUGAAGACAGACAGUACCAAAUAGACCUGCAGUCCAUCAGCAUUGGUACUGCCCAGUGGGAUCAACUCAAGCCAGAGAAAGGCAGUGGUACAGGAGGAGUGCCGACAGAGUCUGAGAGGAACUCUCAGAACCCAGCCCUGGAGUGGAACAUGGCCAGCAGCAUACAACGUCAUCAAGAAAGGAGAGCAAUUUUGACACCCAUCUUGACAGAUUUUUCUGUACGAAUAACUGGAGCACCUGCCAUCAUUUUCACCAAAAUAAUCUCCCCAGAAAAUCUGCAUAUGGAGGAGGUUUUAGUGUGUGGCCAUUCCUUGGAAGUGAACAUAACCACAAGCCUGGACUUCUUCCUCAGUGUGGCUCAGGUUCAACUCUUACAUCAGUUAGUAGCAGCAAAUAUGACUGGGUCGGAGCCGUCAGCCAAGGCCACAGAGAUCUCUAAACACGAACAGAAGAAAGCAGAUACAUUUGAUGCAGGCACAGCCGAAACCUCUUCUGGAUGCAGUGGUGCUCAGGACAGUGGCAUUGGCAGUGACAGUGUUAGAAUCCGCAUUGUGCAAAUAGAGCAGCACAGUGGUGCCAGUCAGCACCGCAUCGCCCGCCCCUCCCACCAGUCAUCCAUUGUGAAAAAUCUUAACUUCAUUCCCUUCGACAUAUUUAUUACUGCCAGCAGGAUCUCCCUAAUGACCUAUUCCUCUGUGGCCUUACCGAAAUGCAAAUUACCAGAACAGAAGGAAGGUGGAAAAACAGGCAAGAGUUCCUUAAAUCUCCCAGAAGUUGAUUCUGAUGCAGCUAAGCCUAACCAGGCGUACAUUUCCAUGGCGACUGCUGAAGAUCCCUUAAGCACUAGUACUUCUUUUUCUUCAGGGAAGAAGAUAAGGGUUCUCUCCCUUGAAAGCCUCCAUGCAUCCACACGGCCAUCUGCUAGACAAGCCCUCGGGGUCACUGUAGUUCGGCAGCCGGGUCGAAGAGGAACUGGUGACUUAGAGCUAGACUUGUUUCUUCAUUUAAUUGUAUCCCAGCCUUCCUUGCUUCUGAGUUGUCACCACAGGAAACAGAGAAUGGAAAUAUCCAUCUUUGAUGCAACGCUUAAAGGUGUAGCCUCGGACUACAAAUGUGCAGGUUGGCCUUGAGUUGUAGAAGAAAUAAUCCAGUAAACAGCACUCCUCCAUGGCCUCUGCUUCCUUCCUGCCUAUGAAUUUCUGUCCUGACUUCCCUUCAAGAUCCACUAGAAGCUGGAAUAAACUCUUCCUCUGGUUCCCAUUGGGCAUGGUUGUUUACUACAACAACAGAAAUGCAAACUGGAAUGUAGGAAAAUUACAUUAUCAAAGAUCUUGUUUAGCUCAUGAUGUGACGUUUAAUUAUUUUAUUCACUAUUUAGUAUUGCAAAAAAAAUUCAUGCUAAGGAACUAAACUAUAGACAAUAGACAAAUAGGUCUCAAGAGUUCAAACUUAUCACAUUAAGUGAUGUAAAUCACUCGGUCGGUCACAUCACUCCUUGUUAAAGCCUGGCUCUGGCAAGUCUAGAAAUGGAGAGCUAAUGUUAGGUUAUGAAGGUUUCACUCAGGUCACAUAUUAAAGUCAUCAUGAAGACUUUAAACUCAGAUACUAGUAAUCUAAUGAACAUUUAUAAGUAUGUGCUUUUGCAUCUCGAAAUAAUUCUAUUAAAUGAAUCAAUAUAAUAUUUAAAAUCAUUUACCUUCCUAUUUACGUAGUCAAGUCCCCUUAGUGCCUUGGAUCUUCUUCCCCUUCCUAUGUGCUUUUAUUUUAUACUCGACCAUCUUAGGAUAGUCACUCAUUCAUGCAACUUGAACUCCACCAUUUAUCAAUCAAAUGCAGAUGCUUGGGAACCCAUAAUAAGGGAGACCCAGUUUCUGCCCUCAAGCAUUUUGCUUUGUUUAAUAACUGUACUGAUAAAGGUUUAGAUAAUCUAAGUCUUCACACAGUGAGGUGUGCUAGGAGGCACUUAAAUGACCUCAGUAAAACCUGAACUUGUGCUCCUCAAGAGACCAUUUAGAAAAGCUCUACCAAAUGGCCCGAAUACAGAGAACUGCUCGAUUUUAUUAGUGAUAGAUUCAGCUUCCCUUCUGCCCCCUGGGGGUUCUCAUAAGAAGUCUAGCCGGGCUGCGGUGGUACAUGCCUUUAAUCCCAGCACUUAGGAGGCAGAGGCAGGUGGCUUAAUUCAAAGCCAGCCUGGUCUACAGAGUGGAGGUAAAGAACAGCCAGAGCUAAACAGAGAAACCAAAGGAACAAAGGAACAAAGGAACAAAGGAACGAAGAAGAAGAAGAAGAAGAAGAAGAAGAAGAAGAAGAAGAAGAAGAAGAAGAAGAAGAAGAAGAAGGAGAAGGAGAAGGAGAAGGAGAAGGAGAAGGAGAAGGAGAAGGAGAAGGAGAAGGAGAAGGAGAAGGAGAAGGAGAAGGAGAAGGAGGAGAAGGAGAAGGAGAAGAAGGAGAAGGAGAAGAAGGAGGAGAAGGAGAAGAAAAGAAAGCACUCUGUAUUUAUUGCACUCAUGAUUUCUAUAAUGUAAUAAAUUGUUUUUCUAUGACUGUUUUCAAGGCCUUGUUUCUUCUUUAUAUGAUUAUCAAGUGUCUGAACUUGAUUAGUUUUAGGUUCUAUGAGCCCCUUAAUGCUAUAAAUUGGGUUUUUUGCUUUGUUUUUAUUACAUGCAAGGAUGUGGGAACAUCAUUUGUUCAAAUCUGUUUACACUGCUCUGUCUGUCCCAAUGUUACUUUUAAUUCUGUCUAUAGGGCUCUUAAGACUUUCUCAACCUACCUUGACCCUUAUGAUCAGAGAAUCUUUAUUGACUUUUUCAGUUUUUGUUUCCCUGUUUGAAACUUGUGUAUUUCUACCCAUUUUCAGUGUGUAUACUUUGGCCUUAUGAAAUAUAAUUGUAACAGUUACUUAGACUCUUAAAUGUCUUUGUCAUUGUCGUGAUAGUACAGCCACCAAUAUGCACAUGCACACACAUACACUGGCUCUCAGCACAAAGCCAAGAAAAGAAAGAGAAGAGGCUACAAGGUUCCCUUCCCAGUUCCUGGAACCAUAGGGCCUUGAUUUCCAGGAGUUUCUGUUGCGGUUUUGAUUAUCUCCUUCCUAUCUCUGUGCAGACAGCUCAAGGCUCACUCUCAAAUCAAAGUUAUAAGAAAGAGAACAAAAACAAAGACAAAACAAAUGUGGGAACUCACUACUGAGUGAGUCCUGUCUGUGAGCUUGGCACCCUUCCUCAUUUGUGUUGGCCAUAAUUCAUUUUGGGAGAGAAAAUGAGAAUGUUUAAAGUUAUGAACAGGAUGUGAGUUAGGAAGAAAUGAAUCCAUUCCUUUAUGAAUUGUACUAGAAAUUCUGCAGUUUUAAAAUAGUAAUUUGCAGUCUAGUAGCUAGGGCCUUGUGUUCUGAAAACCUUACUACGUGAUUUCCUGCAGAAGUCAGGAUACUGUCUUUACAUCUGUGAGUAUGGGCCACUUGAGUAGAUGCUAAUGAGUUAGUACUCCCAGGGAACUGCUAGCUUCAGCCUAGAUUCUCAGUGCAUACAGCUGCUGCCCAUAUAUGCAGAGGUAGCAAUGGUGGUUUUUCUAGUUCCUUAGAGCUUGCUUUCAUGCAGAUUCAUGUGGUAAAGGAAGCACUGUGAAAUUUUCUUCAUGUCAACCUUCCUACCACAGUACAUAUCACACACAUGUUUGCAUACACACAUAUGUAUAUGUAUCUAUAAUGUACAUGUGUACUUACAUGUAUAUAUAUAUACAUAAAAAAUAAAAUUUGUCAAAUUCUAACCAGAAUAUGUGGCAAGUAAAAUCUACUACUUAAGCACAUCUAACUUACAAACUUAAAGUUAGACAUAAAUUAAAUCACUUAUAUUAGCAACUUAAUGAUCCCAAAUCAUACUAGCUAUAUCAUUAAAUAAGUGUAAUACUAUAUUUUUAUUUCCUUUUUCUAAAAACUGAAAUGUUAUAUUUAUAAACUGACUUAUUAGCUUGAAUUCAUUUUUGAUAAUUAAUAGUAAUAAACUCCAAUUAAUUUUCAAUACAGUCUAAGUAAAUAAUAUAUUUGUAAGUUGUGUUUUAAGAUUUUAAUUAAUAAAAUUAUGUAUUGCGAGCCUUUUGCAUGCUCUUCCUGCCUGGAACCCCUCUGACAGAAGUGAGGUCUCUGCCAGUGCCUCUCUUUGUAGCAGCUGUAGUAUUGGCAAUUCCAUUUAAAUAAAGAUGUAUGUAGUUGUUUUCAACAUAAUCAUAUUAGUUGUGUUUAUAAAUAUUUUAAAUGAUAUUUGUUUUGUUUAAGAUAAUGAAGUCCAGAUUUUAAAUUGCCUCAUAACUUGACUAUGUACCCUGAGGCAACUUCAAAAUAUCAUUCUCUGUAUUUGUUUGGGGAUUUUGUUGCUUGCUUUUGAAGAGACAACUGUGCCGUCUGGUCCCUUGUGAAUAAGUUCAGCCAUUCUAAGGGAAUCACACAGCCCUGCACUUCCAUAGUGCACAGUCCAGCAUCUUACUUCUCAGUAAUGUGUGCUCAAACAUAACAAACCACAUGAAAACAGCUCCUUUGCCCACUCAGAAUUUCCAUACAAAUAAUAAUUUUUCAAGUAUCACAUAGAUUAAAAUAGAAAAUUUAAAGUUUAUUGGAAAGUAUCAUACUGAGAAAAAGCAAAGUGUGUUAUCACUUUGGUGAAUGGUAAUGUCAAAGACAAAAUGUAUAAGGAUUGGAUAAGGUCCACCAAGAGACAGACAUUGAAUAGAGCCCAGUAGGGCACUAGAAUUAGAGGUAAUCAGUACUAAUUCUAAUCCCCACUCUGCUCUUUAUAGUCAUGAAUGGCUGUAAGCAAAUUGGUCUUAAUCUCUCUAAGCUUGAUUCAUCUAUGACAUGAAGUGAUACUGGUAGCUGCUUCUUGGGGCUGUCAGGAGGAGCAGACAAGGUGUGUAUGUAGUCCUUAGUUCAUUGUGUGGUACAGAGCUUAAUACAUGUUAAUGCUAUUGUGGCUGCUUUUAUUAUUUUUGUUACUACCUUUAAGUCUAUUUAAAAUAGUAACUGUAAUUGGCUUAAAAAUACUUAUAUGUCUCAGUGUCAUUAAAACUAUUGUGCAACAUGAAAUGUUUCAAUUACAUCAGUUGGCUGGAUUACCAUUUCAAUAGGACUGUGGAAAAUGUGCCAAGGACAUUUGAGUAAACCAACUCAUUGAAAAUCAUAAACUAGUUUCUUACACCUCAUAAAUCAUAUCAUGAUUUCAUUGAGGCAUUAUGGCUUUAUGAAAAGGAUUGAAUUACUUAUGUCUUUAGAAUAUAAAGUUGUUAAUGUCCCUGGAAAGACUUAAAAUUAACUUGUGACUUUAGUGUCACAAGGAUCACAACUUCAACAUUGAUCUGAAAAUUUAGCUUCUAGGAACAUUUCUUGCUGGUCUGUAACAUGCAGUGACACUGGUUCACACACUUUGGCAAAUAAAUUGAUCGUUUAAAUGCAUCCUUUGGAUAGAAAGAUUGUGAAAAGUAUAUGUUUCUCAUGAUCCAGCCAUUGAAGAGAGUUAGUUACAUAUGAAGAAUAUUGAAAAGAAAAAUCACAAAACUUGACUUUUUAUCUGAUGCUCAGGUUCUUUCACACAGCAAUUAUGUUUUUGAUUAUUUAAUUUCCUUUAUAAAAAUGAUACAGUAAUAUCUGCUCUGUAUACUUUUGUACAUCUUAAUGUUGCAGACCUCUUUGCUUAAAAAGGGAUAUUUACAGUUAGAAUAAAGUUCAUCUGCUUGGGAUGUAUAAUUACCUUUUAUUAAAUAGGAGGGUAAACACAUGUGUUAAAUUGCACUGAAUUUUACUCAAAUGCUAUCGUAUAAAAUAUAACUCAUGCUAUAAUUUAACAUAAAAACAGCCAAAUAGGAAAAAUAUUUAGAAAGAACAAAGCAAGGCAAAAUGAAAAAAUCAAAAAUGUACACACAUUAUCCUCUGAUGAGUGUCAUUAAGUAGAAAGAACCAACUUCCUUCCAGCAAGAUGUGGAAGAUUCAGUUCUAAAUGUAAGAACCAAGUGUUGGCUUAGAUUUUUUUCAAAACCUACUUUUAAUAAGGGUUCUUAAAUGCUUUCACCUCCCUUCUACCAGAGGUAGUGGAAAAGAAAGUUAUUAGGAUGUGGGGGGAGUGGGCAUGUUUAGAAAGAGUUCUUUGGAGCAAAUCCAGUCUGCAUUGUCAGGAAAUCAGCAGUUCAGUUCACAGGAGUCAGCAGUAGCAGCUUGAUCCACUCACAAACACUAUUGACAAAUCAACAAUGGCAGGUGGAUCCAGAAGAAACCACAAGGCUCUGCAGUAUCCUGUUUAAAGGUAGUGUUAGGAUAGCAAACACAAAUCAGCAGCUGUAGCACAGCCCAGCACAAACAACUAGGCUUCUGCUGAAUUGGCACAAGUCAGCAGGAGUGGCCGGACCAGCAGGGACAUCAGAAGAAGUUCUCUGCCAUGCCUCUCUCAACUAUGUGAAGAUCAGUGAAGAUGAAGACAUGAGGCCAAUGAAAUGUUGCAUAGCUAGCCAUGUAAGCACGUUGUCAUUGUCCAUUGAGUCCUACUUGUACUCCCUCCAGACAUCACAUGUCCUCCCAUGGAUCUUGUCUCAGCAAAACUCCAUGUGAGUCUGUAUCGGCUGACAUAUCCAGAAACUUCCACUUCACUUGCCAAUCCCCCCAAGUCCAAAGAGGUGGCGAGACGCUGCAGCACAGCCCAGACAUUUUUGGUGCAUUUGUUUCUAUAAAGUGUUGACAAACAACAACCAGCAAGGCAUGGCAAAACUCACCAAUACCAUCCAGCAUCCUUCACUGUCUGUUGGGUUAUAUUCAUUUUCUUCUUAACCUCAUACAUUUUUUCACACAUUUGCUUUAGAAAAUAUCCUUUUACCUGUGUCUGUCUCAGGAAAACCUUCUUUCAUGUGUCUGCUUUAGCAAGACAUUCUUUCACCUGUGUGCCCCAGCAAAACAGUUGACAUAACUGACUUUCCAAAGAAUCCAGAAAUUUCUACUUCAACCAGGGACACUUAAUCCUGUCUCUCCAAACACUCAUUCUUAUAGGAUCCAGAAGAGCCAAGCAUGAGCAAAAGAGUGCUUGCAUGCAUGCCUGUGCAGAUGCCUAGAGUGCAAAGUGAGCUGCAGCUCACCUGGGCUCCAGAUCAGGUCAGAGUUAGGUUCCUAGUUAUUUGCUGUCUAGACAUUGAAUUAUUCUGACAUAUGCUUGACCUUGGCUCCUUCACAAUUUAAUUUUGAGGUAUUAUAGACACCUCAUAGACUACAUUUGAUUCUGUGGCUUUUUAAAAUUAGCAAAAGACCAAUUAUUUAAACUAUAAAUCAUAAAACAAAUACAAAAGAGCAUAAAAAGCUUACAUAUUAUAUAUUUCUCUUUCUCAUGCCCAGUGGUCAGGAGAUGCCUGGCCUUUCGGUUGCAGGGACUUGCACUCCAUUACACUGUAAAGGCCAGAUACAGCUGUGGCCUCACACCGUCCUCCCUUGGAGCUUCACCGUCUUCAGUUUCAUAGAGAGAUACAUGGUCCAGCAUAUAGACCCUCCACAUUGCUACUCAUUAAAUUAUCUGCAAGCUCUAUUGAUAAACAUUCCUUUUUUAAAGAAUUUUUUAUAUGUACAAGUGUUUUGCCUUCGUGUAUGUAUGUGUACUUCAUGCUUGUCUGGUGCUCAUAGACACUAGAAAGGGGCACCAGUUCUUUAGAACUUGAGUUUCUACACUUGAUCUUAGCCAAAAGGCCGAGAAGCGAUAGAACUUGAGUUUCAAACAGUUGUGAGCCACCAUGUGGAUUAUGGAAACCACCCUGCUUCCCUGAGCAGCAGUGCUCUUAAAUACUGACCAAUCUCUCCAGUCAUAGGUGCAUCCAUUCUUGACUGGGCCUAAAAAAAUACUAAGCAAAAAGAUUGUGUUUUCUUAAGAGCUCAGAAGGUAUCUUUUAAGUGUACCACAACUAAUAUCACAUCUAAUGUAUUUUACUGUACUGCUCUUUGACUAGCAGUGAAGCCUGCUUCAUCUUCCUUUAAAAGAGAAAUCGAUGGAGUUGAAAUUUUGCUGUAACCACUCACUCCUUUGUAAUUCAUGGUGGGGUCUUGUUUUAGUUUCUUCUUUGCAUUUACCCAAACACUAUUGUUUUUAGUUCAGAAAUUUGAAAGCUGGGCUGUUUGGCUUGAAGAUUAUUUACUUCCUUGAUUCUUAUGUAGGCCAUAUACUUAAGGGAUGAGAAUGAAAUAAGAGUAUAAUUUUGUUAAUCAUCAGAAUUGAAAUAAAAUGGAGUUGUUAGGUCUGAAAUGUUUAACAGGGAUAUAAAAUGUGUUGAUUAUUUGAAGCUUUGGCUUUAUUUUUAAGUAAAGUAGCUUUUUCAUAUAUAACAACUGAGUAACUCCUACUGGUGAACAAACCUCAUUAUUUUUACCAUUUUUAUUAUAUUCCACUUAUUUUAGAUGGGAGAUAAAGAAAAUUAAACAACAUGGGAUAAACAACUGAAAAGAGUAGCAUACACAUUGUGGUAGUUUUAAUAAGAAUGCCCCAUUGUCUAAUAUAUUUGAACAUUUAGUUAUCGGGGGUAGCACAGUUUAUAAAGGGCGAAGCAGUGUGGCCUUCUUAGAGGAAGUAUGUGAGUGAGGUGGGCUUUGAAGUUUCAAAAGCCCAAGCCAGGCCCAGAAUGUGUGUGUGUGUGUGUGUGUGUGUGUGUGUGUGUGUGUGUGUGUGUGUGCGCGUGUGUGUGCGCGUGCGUGCGUGCGUGCGUGCGUGCGUGCGUGCGUCUGUCUGCCUGCCUGCCUGCGGAUCAGCUACUGCUCCAGCACCUGCCUCUAUACCACCCUCUUCCCCCAUGGUGAAAAUGAACUAAAUCUCUAGAACCGUAAGCUACCCCAGUUAUGUUUUCCUUUAGAAGACUUUGGGGCUUUGAACUAGAAAUCAGUUGAAUACUUGAAGUGGGGCUUACUGGGCUCUCUUAGUAGAAGCAUGGAAAAGAGCAGUAACAAUGUUAAUGCUUAAUUUUCUUUCCACAUACAACCCCAAAUGUACUCCCCACCUCCUGGAAUAUGUGGCAAAGUAGUUUAGAAUAAAAGGCUAAAAUAGUCUUUUAGUGUUCUGUACCUUAUCUCAAAGUCUUCCAUAUGCCUAUAACAAACAGCAUGGUCAGGCCUAUCACAGCAAUACCAUGUUCCCUGGUGCCUACUCCUAUGUUAGUCACUGUUUUAUUACUGUGAAGGGAUAUUAUAACUAAGGCAACUCUUUUUAUCCCAAUUGAUGUCAGAAGAAACACACAAAUAUCUACGUGAUACACACAAACACACACACACACACACACACACACACACACACACACACACACUUAACAAAACAGAACAGAAAUGCCUUUGGCAAUUACAGUCCUGUGUAUGACCUUGGCUGAUAUUAUAGCCACCUUCUUCAACUACCCAUUAUAUAUUUCGUCUAUGCUCAGCAAGUACUUCGACCUGGAGGGACUAACCAUAAACUCAUUUUUAGGCUGUUUCUCAUCCUGCCUGUAUUUGAUUAUUGCAACUUCUCAUUUACCUUAAUGACAAACUUAAUAAUACCAAGAGACACCCUAAAGGUUCUCCUACAUUCAAACAUAAUCUUCUCACUCUCUUAAUUGAAAAACAUCAGUUGUCCAAAUUGGCCAUGGGGAGGAGGGGUCAUAUCUAAACUCCCAGUUCAAUGGAAUGUUGGUUGUGACCCCCUGAUAGAAGUGCACCCUUCUCUUCUGUAAGCCAGUGAGGUGGAACAUCAUAAGAACACGAUGCAGCUUUUUAGUUUUUUUCUAGUGAGUUGGUAGAGUUGAUUGGGAGUAAUACCAUUCCCAUUUCCAGUCAUUUGAUUCCUGAACCACUGAACCUAGUCAUAGGAAAAGUAUCAUAUACUAGAUACUGGUUAACUCAUAUGCCAACUUCUGAAGAACUCUGGCCCAGCCCUACAAGCUUGACCACCCACUCUGGUGCAAUACCUGUUUAUAAAAGACAAUGAUCUAUUAAAGCAGCUUCUUUGAGAUGGUAGGUUUAAGGUUACUCUAAUUAAUUCUAUGGGCACGGGCCCACCCACUGUCACACUUCUCGGUCUUCAAAGUUAGUUUCUUGGUCAAAAACAAUACUGUGUGAAAAAUGGUGAUGUUAAAUAGGGUUCUGUAAGUCCAUGGCUAAUGGUUUUGUCAGAAGUAUUAUAUUCAGGAAAAAGAAAUCCAUUACCAUUGUAAGUGUCUGUCCUGGUGCUGACAAAACACUCCGUUUACCUGAUGGAAGUGUCCAAUGAAGUUAGCUCGGAAGACAUUGGCUGGUUACACUGCAAGAUGAACUAUGCCAGGGACCAGCGUUGCUCUCUGCUCUUGGAAGAUUUGGUGUUCAUUAGAAGCCAUAACCAGAUCAGGUCUGGAGUGAAAGUUCAUGUUGUCGAGCCAGGCAUAGGCUCCGUUUCUUCCACUAUGGCCACUUUAUUAAUGGGCCUGUUGUCAAUGAUGGGAAUGGCCAGCAAAAACAGUGGCUGUCCAGAGAAUGAGUCAUCUUAUCUACAUGAUUAUCGAACUCUCUGCCCCAUCACCUCUUGAUGAGGAUUUACACAGCAUAUAAGCAUCUUCACAUUCCCACACAGACAGAUCUAUUUCUUCUGCAAAUAUCUUACCUCAUCUAACUUGCUUGUAGCAAUAACACAUGUGCUUGAUUGCCUACGUACCAUGUUGGGUGCUGUUGUGAAUACCCAAGUUUAUUGGUUGGGAUUCAGUAGAGCUGGUGCUAAGUGCUGCUGUCUUCAUUUACCACCUAGGGGAUGGAGAGAGGCCUCCGCUUCAAAACAAACGAGCAAGGUAGUCAGAUGAGGUGCAGCAAAACGCUGCUACUCAGUCAUCCUCUGAAUUUUACUAGUUCUUCAUACCCUAGGGAAAUGUAAUGCAUUGAUAGUGAGUCAUAGUUAAGUUUCCACUUAUGUUCACAUUAAACUAGGGUCUUAUGGUGAUUCAUACUGUCAACUUGACAGAAUCUAGAAUCAUGUACAAAACAAACUUCUGGGCAUGAUUGUAAGGGAUUAUCAAAGUAAGUUCAUUUUGGGGCAUGCCCAUGAGGGAGUCUCUCCGUAAGAUUAAUGAAGAUGGAAAGUGAUUCCCUAACUGGAUAGUACUAUCCGAUGAGCCGGGGUCCUGGGCUGAACAGGAAGGGCUGAGACACCUGAGCACAAGUACCAUUGCUCUCUGCUUCCAGACCAUCGGCCUCAAGCUCCUGCCCCAUGAAUCAUUUACCUUGAUGUAUUCUACCCUGGAACUGGGGCUCAAAAUGACCCUUCCCCAAGUUGCUUUUCUUGGGGCGUGUGUCAUAAGGAGGAAGAUAACUGAUGCAGGUGUCCUAAGACAAUUGCACCAAUGCAGUAAAGACAUUUUUGUGUUGUAAUUCUUGUUCCUUGUUUCGAUCAUAACAAAAAUUGUCGCCUGGAACUGCCAGAGAAAAUAACCACUAGACUAAUGUCCCCUCCCCUUUGUAGCAGCAGCACAGUAGUGCUGGUGACAACCACCACUGAGAGAGCAGAGGUGAGAGUAAGGACAUAGAUGAUACUGGUUCGUGUUCCACUACAGACCUUUCUAUAACAGACAGUAACUUUGAAAUAGAUUGUUAUGUUGUUUGACUUUUUAAAAUUCAAAAUUCAUUACUCAUAAAGUGUAUUAAGGGGCUGGAAGAAAUAGCUGAUCCAUAGAGUGCUUGCUGCUCUUUCAGAGGACCUGGGCUCUGUUUCCCGCCCCAUAUCAGACAGCUGUGACUGCAGCUCAAUGAGGUCCACUGCUUGCUUUCAGCAUCCACAGCUUGCACACACGCAUAUAAAGAAUGAAGUAAGAGGUGGGGGGCCGGGGGUGGGUGGAGGUGUUAAGUUUUUGUCUCUGAUGGGUAGCAUUUAAAAGUGCCUACAGUACAAUACCUGGAUCUCAUCAUCUGUUCAAUGCUGUGUCAUUCUCAAGAAGGUAACAGCACCAAGAUCUGUGGCAAAAUGAAAAAAUUCAACUUUUGGUUUUUGUUUUGUUUUCUGAAAAAAAUGUUAAGUUUAGUGUUUGCCAUUAUGCACUGGGAGACAGAAGGCCAGUGUGGGCCACAUAGGAACCCACAGAGACAACAAAACAAAACAAAUAACAGUUACAACAGACAUACCAGAAAAAUCAUCUCAGCUAAAAAUUAUGAUGAAAAAAAAAUUUUUUGAGACAGGGUCACUCUAUGUAGCCCUGGUUAUUCUGGAAUUCUUAUGUAGACCAGGGUGGCCUUAAACUCAAGAGAUCCACCUGCCUCCCAAGUGCUGGAAUGAAAGGUGUGUGCAUAUCGUUACAUAGUACUCAAGCUGGGUUUUUAUGUUGUAAGAAAUAACAAACUUCACAAUUCAGUACCUUAUUCAAAGGAGAGCGGCUGAGCAUCUCAAAGCUCCAUGUUUUAAUUCUAGGGACCACAUUAAACUGGGUAUGGUGGCUCAUGGGUACAAUCUUAGCACCUGGGAGAUAGAGGCAAGGAUCAGGAGGUCAGAGUCAUUCGUGGCAAUACAGUGAGUUCAAGGCCACCCUGGGCUGCACAAGGUUCUGACAGAGAAGCAAAAGAGACACUGACACAACAUCUGCUCACAAGAAUAUGUAACAUUCAUUCCUUAACGACCCCUGCUGGCUCUCAUGCUCUAAGAAAAAGAAAUGCUAAUCAGUCUCUGUGAGCCUUUCUAGAAACUCAGAAGGCCACACCACACAGAAGUAUCUUCACAACCACUCAGAAGGCCUCACUGCAGUUGUUUAGAAUUUCCAGAACAGUAAAAUAAGUUUAAAUGUAGAAAACAAAAUGCAACAUUUACUUUUUUGUUAAACUUAUAAACAAUAGUAGAUAGGGUAAGAAAUUAAAUAUAAACACAAGGUCCACCCUAGCCCUGUUUCUCCAAGGCAGCAUAACCAAAUGGACUCAUAGAGACAGACCACCUGGUCAACAAGACUCAUCACCGGCAUCACCAGUCUGGACUCCUGCUUAUUCUUCGGCCCCCUUUCACUUGCCCUUUGGUGGACCACAAACAAAACACCAGUCAACACUGUCCCAUCAAAUUCAGCUCUGUCAUGACAGAAAUGUACCUUCCAUCCUCUGGCGGAACAAAGCCCAAUAGCUAAUACAGCUUUUAAAAUGGUAUAUAGUGGUUUAUGUGAGCUUGGCAAACACACUUUUUAUAAGUAGGAGAUUUCGAAGAACUUUUAGAUAGAUUCAAAAUUCUGUUUUGUCUUAGGUCAUAUUUUAUACAAUCCAAAUAUUAACCAAAAAUAUAUUUAUCAUGACUAUUUGCAAUUAAAAAUCACAUCCCAGCAUUUUCCAAGAUGGCUAUCUUCAGGUUUAGUGGAAACAUUUCCAGUAAGGUAAGAAGUAAGAGUUUCUUUGAAGGAAUACAAAGCCAUCUUCCAACACAGACAAGCCUCAUGUCCAGCCUUCUGAGGACUGACUGUAGCUGGCCUUUGUGAAGAGGUAUUGAAAGGAGGCUGUCUGAAUUACUCUCUUUGGAUGUUUUGGAACAAUAGAAUACAGAAUUUUCUUUUGCAAAAGGAAAGUAAAUUUAUAAGUUCGUCACUCUCUGAAUUCUCAUUAUAAAUAGACAUGUGCUUGUGAGCAGUUAGUCACCUUCCUCAUUUCCCACCCAGGGUUUCUCAUAAAGAACAACUUUCUCUGCUUUCUUAGGCUUAGCUAGAGGAGUUAAAUGCAGUCAUCAACACCAGUAGUUUAUUCAUUUGAGAGCUUCCAGUACUUGAGUAACUGUUUACUACAUAUGCAACAGCCUGGGGGAGCCUCCACUGUUAAACAGCUGUCUCUCACUGUCACUGUGUUUAUAUGAUCUUUACAAGCUCCUUUAAUCUUAGCUCAUCAGCUGCUUUCCCAGGUAUAUGAACCUUGAAGAAUGUGUAAUACACAUCUUAGUGUCUAGUCCUGAUGACAGAACUUAGGAGAAACUAAAUUGAAGGCAGUCUAGACAUCAUCUUUCUCGUGUAGCCAUUAGAGCACAAUCUGACUUAGACUUCGACAUUGCUCCAGAAUUCACAGUAUCUUUUUGCUAAGGCUCAGAGAGGGCAUGGCAUGAGUCCUAUUCUGCAUUCAGUAGCCGUCAGCUCUAAACUUACCUGCUUGGGGUAUUUCUCAGUUCACUUAUUCUGCCAACCUUCUAAGUCCAUCAAUACUUUUAAACCCAGUUACAUAAGUAUUUUGUUGAGAAGUAACCGCUUUGGCUACUUCUGUGCUGGCUUCCUAGGCUAGGUUUCCUAGAUGUUUUAUAGUUGCUGUAAUUUCCAAUACUUGCUCUGCGCUUCCUCUGCCUCAUCGACUUACAUCUCUUCUGCUACUUAAACCCUGGGAUUGCCCAGAGCUGGCUGCUUGCCACACUGUCCACCUUCCACCCUAGAGUCACUGCAGCAAACCCUCCCAGCCUGAAAAACAUGCAGACACAUUUUCAGAACUAGCUUUCCUUUUCCAGCGCUGUUUCCUUUUGAACUCCCGUGGUGAAGAAUCUAUUUUGUCCUCUGUCCUGAAUAACUUAUAGUUCCUUGCAUUAGCAUGUGCUUAAGUUUGUCUCACAAGGGGCUGGAGGGAUUAAGAGCACUGACUGCUCUUCCAGGGGACCUUAGUUCAAUUCCCAGCAACCACAUGGUGGCUCACAACCAUCUGUAAGGAGAUCUGAUGCCCUCUUCUGGUGUGUCUGAAGACAGCAACAGUGGACUCUUAAAUAAAAAUAAAUAAAUCUUUAAAAAAAAUAAGCUUGUCUCACAAAACAGUCAUCUUCUAGUAAUAUAAUAUAGUAUAUAAUAAUAUAAUACAAUACAGAUGGCCAAGUGUACAGUGUUGUGAGUGCCUCUAACCCUAGCAGUCAGGAGGCAGAGGCAGGCUGACCAGGCCAGUCUGCUCUACUUAGUGCCUUGUUGGUUAGUCCAUUCUAUGACCCUGUGGAAGGAGAGGGAAGGAGGAUCAUGUCUGGAUCUGGGUGGGGGUCUGGAUGGUGUAGGAAAUAUACUCUGUUGUUUGUAACAGUGGCCUGCCACAUGUGGGAGUAGCUGUUUCCCCUCCAUCCCACCCUUAACAAAUAGUGACCUUUGGUCUUCUUCAGUCAGUGAAGGUUUGUAUUCCUUGUUUUAUUUCAUCCAUCCUGGUGAACUGGAAAGGUGUGUAGUCCUGCCUACUUAGGUUAAGUACACUUGAGAAGAAUUGAACAGUGAAGAUUUAAAAAGGAAAAUGUUUCCCAAAAACAUUGGAAGAGAUUCAUAAUUGCCUAAAAAUACAUAUUUGAAAGUUAAUCUUUCUUUCCUACAUCUGUUGAAGGAUGUGUACUUACACAAAGCAUUACGAUGCAGAGGAAAGACUGCUGGCACUAAGACCAAACACUGGUGCCUAGGAGUCAGUUGGGAAACAACCCGGCUGAGAAAUGAUAACUGGUUUUUCAGUAGGUUUAAAUGUGCAUACAUGAAUCCGUUUGGGGGGCAUUCAUUUCCAAAUUUAGUUUUCUGUCUCAAAUGAUUUAAAAACCUACAGAAAGGCCUCCAGUAUUAGAGAACAGUGGAUGCCUCCUCCCAGACCAGGAGAGCAGCCACUCAGUUGUCCUAAUGUUGGUCCAGCUUACUCCAUAAAGAUUUAUUUCUACUUGGAGUUCUGCCUGAUGACUGCUGAGACCUGGCACCCAUCGGGUUUAUGAGUCUCCGUGGUCUGCCCAGUAGUAUCCAUAUUGUCUACUUACUUUCCAGACCUGCAUGCCAGCUCUCCUGUCACUGUCAGUCUUGAUUGUGAUUUAGGUGUUAAUUACACUCUCACAGUCCAUGCUGUCCUGCUAGUCAGAGUCCUGACUUCUAGAAAGCAUAGACAACGGACUGCAGCUUUUCGAUGCUGUAAGUACAGUGAACGUCCGGCUUCCUGCCGAUGAGCAGUGCACCCCUGCCUCCUGUGAGUAGUCUCCUUCCGCAGGGUUCGGCACCUCGUAUUCAUCUUUGCAGCAGUUCCUUAGAUGUCCACUCACCCGUUAGCUCCUCAUAGUCAUUGCUUGGCUUUUUUCUUCUUCAAAGUGAAAAAUGCCUACUUAUCUAGAUCUAGCAGGCAGUAUUUACUUGAUAAGAUCACGUUUGGUGAUGUAUAGAGAGGUGAUACUCUGAGAAGGGACACUCAGGUCCUGGUAGCUUGCAUGACUCCUGCAAACCAACUUGAAUCUUGCAGCAACAGAAGGUUAUCCUGUUUUCGUAAGAGCUGACUGUUGUAUCUGAAACAGAGAAUAGAGUAUUGCUCCUGUAGAGGUGCCUACUCCAGCUAUCCUACUGCCUAAAAGUCGCCAGUCAGAUGAUGGGAGCAUCCCCCGGCUUAGUGUUUGAUCUUUACCGCAUGCACUGAACGUCACAACCAAUCGCUUUCAGUUUUUGCUUUGAAAUAACAUAAAGGUUCAUAUGUGCCAAAUUCUAUAAGGAUCACAUGAUAAGGUCAAGAAACAGAAAUUCCAAGGCAGAAUUUAUAUGCCCCGUUCACAUAUGACAGUAAUACUAUAUAACCAUAUGUUGAAUAUAAUAUACUGUAUGUAAAUGCUAUUCUUGAAAGUAAGCCAAUCAAUAAAGCCUAAAAUAAAUAAUGCUUUAGUAACACAUUUCAGAUAGUCUGAAAAUCGAAUAGAUGUGUUCUAUGGCAAGAACAUCUCUAAUAAAAUAGCAUUUAAAGUACAUUAAAACACAGAGAAUAAAUCAAUCAUGAAACUGAAGAAAAACUAGAUAUUGAGAUUUUUUAAAGCCUAUUUCAUAUAUGCCAACAUACAGCAUUCAUUUUUUAAAGUCAUAUAAAUAAAAAAUUAUAGUUUUCUAAACCUUUAAAAGCAAAUUCUUUGACAUUAAUAUAAUCCCAAUUAUUCUUUUUUUAUACUAUAGAAUAGUGUUUAUUUAGGGCAUGGGGAGGGGAGUUGAGGAAGUAGAGACGGGGGA